CUGCCUGUCUCGUCCUGGGUUGUAUGAUUUUUCCUGAUGGAUGGGAUUCAGAUGAGGUAAAACGGAUGUGUGGUGAAAAGACAGACAAGUACACGCUGGGGGCUUGUUCAGUCCGCUGGGCAUAUAUCCUGGCAAUUAUUGGAAUCUUGGAUGCCCUGAUCCUCUCAUUUCUGGCAUUUGUGCUUGGCAACAGACAAGACAGCUUGCUAGCAGAGGAGCUCAAGUUGGAAAACAAAG